GUUGUCAACACGCACAUUUUGUGCGACCCUGCGGCGGCUGACGUGAAGCUCUUUCAAGCCCAUUUGCUCCUCAAGGCCAUCCAGGGCACCACCGGAGGGCGUUUGCCCAUUCUGGUGUGCGGCGAUUUCAAUUCGACACCCGACUCGGCGGUGUACGAGUACUUUCGGCGUGGUCAGGUGAGGCCUGACCACGACGACUUGAAGAAAGACCCUUGUGGCAUCAUGAGGAACCUCAGCUUGCGCCACAACACUUGCAUGGUCACUGCGUACGAGACUUGCACUCACAAGGAGGCAACAUUCACAAACUACACAGAGGAUUUCAAGGGGACCUUGGACUACAUUUGGUUCUCACCGGAGAACCUCUCAGUGCUAGCUAUCUCCCAAGUGGACGACGAGUCGCAGCUUUCACAGGAGAGCGCGUUGCCCUCCAGCACUCGGCCCUCAGAUCACGUGUCCCUAGUGGCGACCUUCAUGUUCCACGACACCCCUACUGAGCAAGAGCAGGUUCCGAGGAGGAGCAUCCUCAUGGCCAGCCAUGCGCACUCUGGUAUGGCGCACCACAUGGGUCAACACUACGUGCACAGCACAGGGCCUGGAGGUGACGGGAUGUACGCCAUGGGAGGCAUGCCAUAUGCGCAGCAGUACUUGUAAAGAGCAGAGCCGCCCAUCGAGUUUUGAAGAGCUAAGCCGUCUGGCUGCGGCUGGGAGUUGGCCAUGAGGCCGAUGCCAGCGUCGAAAAAGGCGUCGGUCCGUCGCUAUGGAUCCGGUUCCCGGAGCUCCAAUGGGACGUGCUGAGGGAGGUGAUGGCUAUCAGCUUGGAUAUGGAUCUUUCCAGCGCAUCGCAUGCGGACGUGCCGCUUGUCGGAUGCGCUCCUUUGGGCCGUUUGACUGUGAAUCGACGUCAUGGAGCUCCGGCGCUUGACAAUUCACGAUGGAAAUUCUCAUUGUGCUGACAAAUUUGCGGCACUCGCGAGGGCAUGGUUGUGAAUGGCCUGGCUCGGCCGUUGAACGCUCCGGCGGCAAAUGCGUUUUUUUUGUGGCCCGAGCCUAAUGGUUCGCGGAUCUUGCCAAUGUUGGCCUUCCCUCGGUAUUUUGCGCAAAACUUGCCUGUGACUCAGUUUCCAUGUGGCACAGGUUGCCAAUGGUGACCCUAGCUGG